AUGUUUACCAUGAAGUUCACCAUCACCCUUGUCGCAGCUGUGCUGUGUGCCUCAGACGUCCUCGCCCUCCCUGCUAGAUACGACGCCCGAGGCUAUAAGCAUUAUACCCCUUCUGUACCUGCCCAACCUUCCACCGCCUCAGCGGAGGCACCGAGCUCCACCCUAGCCAAUACGUACAUCCCUCCCUCUUCGUCGUUGCCGGGCGCUACACCACCAGCCAGCAGCGAAGUACCUCCAACUUCGUCUGCGCUGUCCGAUGCACAGGCAUCCCCUCCUGCGACCUCUGAAGCCUCAGGCACAACAUCAUCGCAAGCCCCCACUGCUGCAGUCCCAGACGCAUCGACUCUCCCAGCGAGCACCGAAUCAGCAAUUCCAUCUGCCUCAGCGUCCGACUCGGCGGCGCCACCCCCAGCCUCGUCGCAGCCUCCCGCUCCGGCAAGCUCUGCGGUCACCCCACCCCCAGAAUCUACGCAGACCCCUCCCGCUGAUGACUGUCCAGCCGCCUCCAGUUCUGUCCCCCUCCUUCGAGGAUUCAACGGCAUCACAGUAGACCAUUUCUACACCACCGACGCCUCCGAAAUGAGCAAGGCAGUUGGAUACGGGCAGGAACCCCAUGUCGCCAAGGUAUUCCCUGACGCUGAGAAGGCCAUGACGAUCCCGCUCCUCCGCAUGUUCAACGCGCAGGCGAAGGAUCACUUCUACACCACUUCGGAGGGGGAACGCGAUAAUGCCGUCCAGAAACUUGGAUAUCAGAGCGAGGGCGUCACUGGGCAUAUCUUCAAGACCCAGAUUUGUGGGAGCGUGCCCUUGCAUAGGCUGUACAAUCCUGUAGCGAAGAAUCAUUUCUAUACCACCUCUGAGCCUGAAGCCAACAACGCUGCUGCCGCGCUUGGGUAUGAGAGGGAAGGUGUUGCUGGAUUUGUCCUCCCACCUCAGUAG